AUGGUCUGCAACGGUGGGUUUUACAUCUUCAAUCUCAUUGAUAAUGCCCUCUCGGGCUAUCCCCUGCUGUUCGUCUGUCUCGCCGAGGUCGUGGUCAUUUGCUAUGUCUACGGUGAGUUCUGUGUUUCGCAAAAUUGUGAAAAUAUUUCCUUGCAACUAAAGUACGUAAAAUGGUUUGCGCAGCCACUUAAUCUGUUGCUCAGUAAUUCUGAACAUGAAAAGUUGUUCUGCAAAUAG